AACCUCAACACCUUUCAUCACACACACCCUUCGCACCAAUCAAACUAGGAACCUCCUUUCCAAACAAAAAUGGCUUGCCGUUCAGUGGAUAACCUCCGAUGCAGGGAUGACCUGAUGAACGUAUACAGAGCCAAUGCUAGCAGAUCAAGAAGAGGCCGCGUUAAGAUCAGGGACAUCAUCGAAAUCAUUGAAAUCCUCGGACCCAUCAUCCCCCACUUCUUUAAGAAGCAUGGCGGCGCCAACAACUUUAGUAGUUGUGGCAGCAUGGGUUAUGCUCGUGACCAGGAUGACAUGGGUUCCCGCUUUGGGUUUGGUAUGGCUUCUGGUGAGUAUGGCAAUGGUAGCGGCCACUAUGGGCACAGCCAUGGUCAUGGCCAUUCCCAUUCCCAUGGUGAAUCUCACUACGGGAUGAGUAUGGGUCAUGUUGAUGACUAUGCUGAUCACGAAAUUUCAGAGGAAGAGUUUGAGAAGCUCCUUGACUACGCCGAGCAGUGCAAUGUGAGGAUGUACUGAUGAUGAAUGUAAUGGGUGUGAUAAUAACAUACACUUCUAUGUUGUUGUACUACUCUAUCCUUCUAAGCUUU